CAGGCCGGGAAAGGAAAUUCUGAACACGGCAAGCGAACAUGGGCAUCGGAACUACUGAUUCAUGUCCUUGCUUUCUCUUGGAUCUUGCUGUGGUGAUCCAAAUUCAUAGCAGACAAAUCCCAAUCAAAUUUGCGCUGUUUCAUCGCGAGGAGGCGCGGUCAUUUUAAAAAGUAUCCACAGGAACUACGCAAUGCCUCAUGAUGUGUAUAUAAGGCUGGAGAAUUUCAAGGUGGAGCAGCACCCAGACAUUCCAGGAUGUCCAUCAACUCGCCACUCGGUGAUACGUCCUUCACCCUUGACACCUCUGGUGUCAUGGGGUUCUUCGGCGGGGAAGAAGCGAUCUCCGCAAUGGCCACUGUCCAUCUCUACCGAGGCAGGCGUUGGCUUGGGUGGUACAACUCUCCCGGAAGCUACACUGUUGCCAAGAAAUUCGGGCAGUUGGCGAAAUCACGAUUUUGGGAUGGCAUCUUUCCCGGACCCAACCCAACGCCUGAAGAAAUGUUUGGGUUGGAUGGGAAUGAGGGCCCACGUUUCAUCGGAGUCUUCUCGGGCACGGAUAUGACGACUACAGGUCACCUCGCAUACCUCUCAGCCAAAAAGGCAAAUGAGACCAAGGAGACCAAGGACAAGAUCCAGCUCAGAGGAAGAGUAACCGCACCGGGGUCAGUGAGCAUUAUAGAUGUCAGCGACGUAAAAUUGCGGCAAGGAGGCCAGGUACCGAGGAGAAAGGUUUAUCAUUCCCUGUUCGCUGCUAUACCCAUCGCCAGCAGCGUGGCAACAUGCCUUGUUUGCGCAUUUGUUGGUGAUUGGCGCGCAUUUGGGCUGAUCAUCCUGGGCAUGGUCUCCAGUGGCCUAUCUUGCUUCGUCAUCGGUUCGGGGAAGCUAUAUUUCAAGCUUGUCGAACCUUCAUCAUAUGCGCCGCGGGGAGAUGGAUUUCUUUUGAUGCGCAAUGACAUUGUCAUCUUGAAGGGCGCAGAGAAAGAGGUCACGUCGAUAACCAAGGCCAAACUCGUGCUGGAUAUGGGCAGCGAUGAAGAAUUCAACAUCGUCGGGUUCUGCUCCCUCCUACUCCUGUUACAGUUUCUAGUUCAACUUCUCUUCAUUUCUCGAGCAACACUGUUCGGCCAGAUUAUGUUCCUAUCGUCACUUGCAGUGUCUUGGGCAUACAAUUCAUUCCUGUCGUCACUGGAGAAAGAAAAGAUCCAGACAGAUCUGCUGUGGAAAUCGCUCGGUGAACCACCAAUCACGAAAUUUGCGCUCCCCAACAGAGGGUCACAAGCGGCGUGUGCAUGCUUCGUCCUGUAUGCAGGCGUCGAUAUGUCAAAAAAAUCAUCUGCAAACUUCAAGCCGAAGAAGAUCUUGGAGUGCAUGAUUCCAAACGAUACGAGAGUUUGGGAAGCGUGGAGGGAACACGUGGCAAAACAGGUGUUGAGUAAAGAGAAGAUCAAAUCUUUUACGCCAGAUAAAGAACUCGUAGCGAACUUGGAGGAUGAGGAGCGGCAGCUCCUAGAGCAGUUGCUGGCGGACGCCAAGCACGGUUAUGGAUGUUAUCAAGAAUCGAUGGGGAGCUGGAGCUUGACACCCUAGCGCAGAGAAACAUAGUACAAGGGGUGCGUGGAGGUUGUCGAGAGAAAGGCUCGUAGAGUGUCGGGCAGGUAUCAUUUGUUGAAUCGUACCUAGAA